CGCCUGCUCUCGCUUCUUCUUGAGUCGCUCGCUGUGCACGCAGUUGAGCGAGCGUGCGUGCUGGCUUGCUUGCUUGUGCACCUCAACCUUCAACCAUCACCCGCUCCCUCACUUGCUGCGCAACUUCAGCUCUCACCGUCUGGCUGCACUCCCCUCCAUCCACACUUGCUGCAUCCGCACCUUUCAUCCACACCCGCGCUCUCGACAAGAUGAACGUAGACGACGUGGAGGAUCACGAUGGUGUCAGACUAUCUUGGAACGUCUGGCCAAGCAGCAAGGUGGAAGCUACUCGCACAGUGGUCCCCAUCUCUGCACUCUACACUCCUUUGAAGGAGAGGGAGGAUCUGCCUCCUGUCAUGUACGAGCCAGUCACUUGCAAGCCUCCAUGUCGAGCAGUGCUCAAUCCUUACUGCCAAAUCGAUGUUCGAGGCAAAUUGUGGAUCUGCCCCUUUUGUCUUUCGCGCAACGCUUUCCCGCCCCAUUAUCGCGACAUUAGCAGCACCAACUUGCCGGCGGAGUUGCUGCCAAAGUACACGACGAUCGAGUAUACGCUCAGCAGACCUGCUCAAAUCCCGCCCAUCUUUCUCUACGUCGUCGACACGUGCUUGGAAGAGGAGGACCUCAAGGCUUUGAGAGAGACGCUCGUCCUCAGUCUCAGCCUGCUGCCACAGAAUGCACUCGUUGGUCUGGUCACAUUUGGCACCAUGGCUCAAGUGCAUGAGCUGGGCUACGAUGCGUGCCCAAAGAGCUACGUGUUCCGCGGUACCAAGGAGUACACGCCAAAGGCCAUCCAGGAUAUGCUCGCGCUGACGCCAGGAGCACGUCCAAUGGCACCCGGAGGCCCAUCGAAUCCGCAACAGCAGCAGCAGCAGCAGCAGCAGCGCGCGCCAGGUCAAGCCGGCGCUAGCCGAUUCCUGCUUCCCGUCAGUCAGUGCGAGUUCCAACUGACUCAGAUCCUCGAGCAGCUUCAAAAGGAUCCUUGGCCCGUCGCGAGCGACAAGCGUGCGCAGCGCUGCACCGGAACCGCCCUCUCUGUAGCCAUGGGCAUUCUGGAGACCACCUUCCCAAACACGGGCGCUCGCGUCAUGCUGUUUGCAGGUGGUCCGGCCACCGAAGGCCCUGGUAAUGUGGUUUCCACGGAGCUCCGAGAGCGCAUUCGCUCUCACCACGACAUUGACAAGGACAAUGUCAAAUUUUACAAGCGAGCCAUCAAGUUUUACGAGGCGAUGGCUAGGAGGAGCGCCAAUAAUGGGCACUGCAUCGACAUCUUUGCAGGCUGCUUGGAUCAGGUCGGUCUGCUAGAGAUGAAAAGCUUGGCCAACUUUACCAACGGUCACAUGAUCCUUGCAGACUCUUUCCAGAUGGGCAUCUUCAAGCAGAGUUUCCAAAAGAUCUUCCAAAAGGAUGACAAGGGUGAUCUCAACAUGGGAUUCAAUGCGACCUUUGAUGUUCAGUGCACCAAGGAGCUCAAAGUCAGUGGUCUGAUUGGACACGCCAUCUCCGCCAACAAAAAGUCUGCAUCCGUAGGCGAGACGGAGAUUGGUCUGGGCGGAACCUCUGCUUGGAAGAUUUGCAGCGUCGACCCGCGCACUGCUCUGGGUGUCUACUUUGAAGUCGUCACUCCAGCCGGGCAGCCCCUGCAGCCUGGCUCUCGAGGUCUGAUCCAAUUCGUGACGCACUACCAGCACGCUUCAGGACAGUACCGACUUCGCGUCACUACGAUAGCGCGGAACUUUGCCGAAGGCGGCUCUGCGCAGAUUGCAGCUUCCUUCGACCAGGAAGCUGCGGCGGUGCUGAUGGCGAGAAUCGCAGUGUUCAAAGCGGAGAUCGACGACUCUCCAGAUGUGCUCAGGUGGCUCGACAGGAUGCUGAUUCGGCUGUGCCAAAAGUUUGCGGACUACAGAAAGGACGAUCCGACAUCCUUUAGGCUUUCGGAAGGGUUCAGCAUCUAUCCUCAGUUCAUGUUCCACCUGCGAAGAAGCCAGUUCCUGCAAGUGUUUAACAAUUCUCCCGACGAGACGGCAUUCUAUCGACAUGUGCUCAAUACGGAGGAUGUGAACAACAGUCUGAUCAUGAUUCAACCGACGCUGAUGAGUUACGGUUUCGACACGCCUCCUCAACCUGUGCUGCUGGAUUCCGUCAGUAUCAAGCCAGACGUGGUGCUCCUCCUCGACACCUUUUUCCACAUCCUCAUCUUUCACGGAACGACGAUUGCCGAAUGGCGCAAAGCUGGCUAUCAAGAUCAGGAAGGCUACGAGAAUUUCAAAGAGGUGCUGGAAAAUCCAAAAGCGGAUGCUCAAGAUUUGUUGCAGGAUCGUUUUCCCAUCCCGCGCUACAUCGUCUGCGAUCAGAAUGGAAGUCAGGCGAGAUUCCUGCUCUCCAAACUCAACCCUAGCACCACACACAUGUCUGGCGGAGGCAUGUACGGAACGGCAGGUGCUGGCGCCGCCAUCUUUACGGACGAUGUCAGUCUGCAAGUCUUUUUGGAGCACCUCAAACGUCUGGCAGUGGGCGCUAGCUCCUCCUGAUCCUGCUCCCUCCGCUGUGCGCCCCCUCCGCCUCUGCCUCACGCACCCAUUGAAGAAUUUCACAAAUAAAAUUUGUCACAUUGUCA